UUUACCAACAUACAAAACACUAGUCAACAUUUUUCUCACAACACUUUCCAGAUUUCCCCCAAAUUUUCUCAGACACACAAGCUCACUCAACCACCCACCCACCAUGGACCCCACCACCACCGUUACGCCACCACCGCAAAAUAACCCUGACACUCCACCCGAUAUAAUCAGCAACAACGACGAUGGUUCAUCCAUUAAUAAUAACAGCCAAUCGAAUACUAGUAGCGGUGGGUGCCAGAACAUGAAUAACUUGAAAUCACUAGCCUUGAAGCUGGCAGCAGGAAUGUUGCCAGCUCAUCAAUCGCUUCUCCAACGACACUUGGAUGAUAUUUUCCCCGACGAGCUUAUCGUCCCCGACCAUCCUCCUUAUUCCGAUAUGAUAUUAACAGCCCUGUGGGAGUUGAAAGCAGAAGGUGGUGCUACCGGUACUAGCGAGGAAGCCAUUUCAGAAUUCAUUAAAAAGGAAUACCAUGAAUUGCCAUGGGCACAUGCUACCAUUUUAAAUCAUCAUCUGAAAGAUCUUCACAUGAAAGGAAGGAUUACCAUGAAACAAAACAGAUUCUAUCUAUGUCCAUCAUCAGUUACUAAACCCACACCUGCUCCUACCCUUUGUUCAAGCCCCAUGUCAAGCUCUUAUUCUAGUUCACCAACUAGUGUUUACUCUAGCCCAACUUCAUCCAGUACUAGCUUUAGCUGUGGACCUUCUUAUGAAAGGCCCAAGUCAAAGAGGAGGAGGCAGAGGAGAAAGAAUCCCGUGGGAAGAGGGGGUAAGACAGUUCAGGUGAGGGGUAGAGGUAGGGGUAGGGGUAGAACACCCAAGAAGAUGCAAGUGGGUCAAGACAAAGAGGAGGAGGAGAAAGAAACAGGGUUCUUAGUUGAAGGUCGAACCAAAGUGAUCAUAGGUCAAAAUGUUUGCGGAAAAAGGAAUGAAGAUGUAAAAUACAAGGGAGAAAGUGUAGGAGUGAGGAGGUCAGGAAGAAGGAAACAUGAUGUUUGUAAUGAAAAAAGUCUACCAUGUGAACAAGCUAAGAAAGGAACGAAAGAGCAAGGUCAAAAAAGAAAACACUAUAACGUGGUGUGGAUUGGACGGAGAGUACGAAAAUUAACAGAAUUUGAGAGAGACCUUCUUGAGGACGAGUCUGGUGACGAGGUCACUGGGAUAGAAGAUAAUGCCGCUAGAGAGAAAGAUGUUGAGAUGAUUGGCAGUGAUACUGAAAUAGUUGAACAAUACGAACAGAAAGAAGCAAAAACUGCAAUAAAUGUGAAACAAACCUGGCCAAUAAAAAACCAGAAGUCUGAUAUUAUCAAGAAACAAAAUGACAUGAGCGGAGAACAAGUUGAGUCGCAAAGACAAAGCAAGGAUGAAACUCAUAAAAGAUUUCACGUCCAGGGGCAACAACAAAAUGAAAGUACAGAACAGGAUCAACUGCUGAACCAAGAAGUUCAAACGGCUGAUGGGCAAGAUUCAGUGACGAUGCAAUGUGAAGAACGACUAAUAGUUGCUGGUGUGGGAAACCUAAAUAAUGAUACAGUUACAGAACCAAUUCAUCUUGAAGAACAACACGAAAACGGUUACAAACUAGAAGAGAACCAGGAAGUUCAAACGAUUUUUGAGCAAGAUGUGCAAAUGAUGCAAUGUGAAGCACAGGCAAAUAUUGCUGGUGUGGGAAACCUAAAUAUAGAUACAGUUACAAAACAAAUUCGACCUGAAGAACGACACAAAAAAGAUAACAGCUUGGAAAAAGAGAACCAAGAAGAUCAAUCGCUUGUUGAGCAAGAUGUGGUGAUGAUGCAAUGUGAAGCACAAAUAAUAGGUGCUGGUGAGGGAAACUUAAAUGAUGAUACAGUCACAGAAGAAAUUCAAGCUGAUGAACGAAACAAAAAAGUUAACAAACCGGAAGAAGAGAACCAAAAGGAUCAAACGCUUGUUGAGCAAAAUGCGGUGAUGAUGCAAUGCGAAGCACACGCAGUAGUUGCUGGUGUGGGAAACCUAAAUGAUGAUACAGCGAGAGAAGAAAUUCGACUUAAUGAAUGUCGCAAAAAAGGUAACAAACUGGAAGAAGAGAACCAAGAGAAUGAAACGCUUGUUGAGCAAGAUGUGUUGAUGAUGCAAUCAGAAGCACAAGCAAUAGUUGCUGACGUGGGAAACCUAAAUGAUGAUACAAUUACAGAACAAAUUCGACCUGAAGAACGAUGCAAAAAAGGUAACAACUUGGAAGAAGCCAACCAAGAUCAAUCGCCUGUUGAGCAAGAUGUGGUUAUGAUGCAAUGUGAAGCACAAACAAUAGGUGCUGGUGCGGGAAACCUAAAUGACGAUACAGCCGCAGAAGAAAUUCGACUUGAUGAACGACAUAAAAAAGGUAACAAACUGGAAGAAGAGAAUCAAGAAGAUCAAACUCUUGUUGAGCAAGAUGCGGUGAUGAUGCAAUGUGAAGCACACGCAAUAGUCGCUGGUGUGGGAAAACUAAAUGAUGAUACAGUGAAAGAAGAAAUUCAACCCGAAGAACAACACAGAAAUGGUAACAAAGUGGAAAAAGAGAUUAUUGAGCAAGAUGUGGUGAUGAUGAAAUGUGAAGUACCAUCAAUAGUUGGUGUGGAAAAGCAGCAUGAUGAUACAGUUAAGGAACAGAUUUGGUCUGAAGAACCCAACAAGGGCAACAAAAGUGAAGAAUUAAAUCAUUCACGUGAGCAAUGCACUGAAAGGAAUAGAGGUCCCCUUCGAUCUUGUGGGCAAGAUCGACUGCAAAAUGAAGAAGCCAAGUCAGCUGAAGAGAGAACUCAGCAGGGAGAACGAACAGAAGGAAAUCAGACAGAAAAUGUGCCCGUAACUGGUACUGAAGUGCAACAAGAUCAAGAGAUGCAUCAAAGUGAAACACAAGCUAGACAGACAUGUGUCACAGAGAAUGUAUCAGAAGAGCAACAACUUGCCUCUGAAAAGCAUCUUCAGCCACAAGACCAAUGCACAGAAGAGAACAAAUCUCAGCAGCAUGAGCAACAAGGGAAUGUCGUAGGACAAGUUCAGCUACAAGGAGAAGUUAAAGUUGCUGAAGAUGAACUUCAACAAGAACAGCCACACAAUGUAGAAGAGAAAGAUAAUGGACCAGUGCAUGAUGUAUCUACUGGCCAACAGGAUUUUGUGAUAACACAAACUGGAUCAGAAGUGGAAGGGGACAGUGAGGAAUGUAAAACCUCAGAAGUGCACCAGGAUCAGAUAGGAAUGCAAGAAACUUUAGCAUCUGAUCUGCGCCCUCAACAUGAAGGACUAGACAAUGCAGUGCUUCAGGAAGAAUAUAAGCAGAGGCUGCCAUUGAAAAAAAGACUGAGGUCUAGCUGCACGUAUGAAGAGACAAUUCCGAAUACGCAGAACCAACUUGACCUAGUGACACCUCCUGUCCGCCGAAGCCAGAGGAAUCAUAAAACAGUUCCAGAAGCAGUUGGAAAAACUGAGAAGGGUCCUGAUCAUUCUAAAGAGCAAUUACAACAAUCAGGAGGCUCAAGGCCCUCCACGAGGAAUUCCAAAAUUGCUGAAGCUGAGCAAUUGUCAAACUCGCGGAAGACUAGGAGUAGAGGUUUAUGAUCCCCAAGACUGCGAGAAUGAUAGUUGAUAGUUGUUAACAUUUUUGUGGUAUUUACAUUAACUAUAGAGCGUGUUCAACAUUUUGAAGCCUCAGCUAACUGCCGGUUCGAAGGUAUGAUUAUUUUAUCUACCCAUGUAUGUAAAACUAGCAUGUUGUUUCCCGAUAACUGUUAACACGGUUAGAUGUACAAGUGCUAAAUGUUGUGUUAUAUUAAUUAGUAUGGGGAAAAUUGAUCUUAAUGUAGCCAGUGCAGUUGAUGAUGUAUGUACAUUGUAGGGGAUUGCUGUUCAGCCAUUUUGAUUAGUGUAUCAUGAUCAUUGUUUUGAGGGUUUUGCU